AUGAAGGCUAUAGUGAUAAGCGCUCCGGGAGGCCCAGAAGUGCUCCAUCUACGAGAGGUGGGAGACCCCGAACUUCGAGACGAGGACGUUCUGAUCAACGUCGCCGCCGCCGCUCUGAACCGAGCUGAUACCUUUCGGAGGAACGGCUCUCAUCCACCUCCUCCCGCUGGUGCUAGUCCCUAUCUGGGUAUCGAAUGCUCCGGCACCAUCCUGGCCGUCGGAAAAAACGUUUCACGCUGGAAAAUCGGCGAUCAGGUGUGCGCUCUUCUCAAUGGGGGAGGAUAUGCUGAGAAAGUGGUUGUUCCAGCUACACAAGUUCUUCCUAUCCCACCUGGAGUUUCUUUGGAGGAUGCUGCUAGUCUCCCUGAGGUGGCGUGUACUGUUUGGUCCACUGUUUUUAUGAUAAGUCAGCUAUCUGCUGGGGAAACAUUCUUGGUCCAUGGGGGCUCCAGUGGUAUUGGUACAUUUGCAAUUCAGAUAGAAUACCAAGGAGCACAAGUGUUUGUCACAGCAGGGAGUGAAGAAAAACUAGCUGUUUGUAAGGAUCUUGGAGCUGAUGUGUGUAUCAAUUACAAGACCGAGGACUUUGUUGUCCGAGUGAAGCAAGAAACAGAAGGGAAAGGUGUUGAUGUUAUUCUGGAUCAUAUUGGAGCAGCCUAUUUUCAGCGAAACCUUGACAGCUUAAAUGUUGGUGGGAGGCUUCUUCUUAUCAGCAUGAUGGGUGGGGCAGCUACAGAAAUAAAUCUUAGCAGUUUGCUUGCUAGGUGUCUCACAGUGAAAGCUUCUCGCUUGCGAUACAGAAGUCCAGAAAAUAAAGCAGCGACCAUUAAUGAGGUGGAGAAGAAUGUUUGGCCUGCUAUCAUCGCAGGAAAGGUCACACCUGUGGUCUACAAAUCCUUCCCAUUAUCUGAAGCGGCAGAGGCUCACCGGCUUAUGGAAAGUAGCAAGCAUAUUGGGAAGAUACUUCUUGUUCCAUGACAGAAUGAUCAGUUCUCCUCUCUUAAAUGAGUAUGGCUUUAAGACCUUUGGGAUGUGUAUAUGUGAUGUUCGAAUAUCUGCUACAACUGAUGCAUAUUUUUUG